AUGAACAUCUUCCUUCUAUUUCUAGCUACGCUAGCUGCGUCGCUGCCCCACGUGUCGCCCUUCGACUCGCCAGAUUUCUGUUCCCAGAUCAUCACCCCCACGUGUAAUACCACUUUUUCAUAUAUCGAUGCGGUGAACAGCCAAAUCAGAGACCUGGUUGUUGAUUUGAUUCUGAAGCCUUUCUUCAGGUUUUUCAAGCUUGAUUUGGAUAAACAGUGCAAGUUCUGGAACGCCCAGCACUUUUGCGCCACGAGAAACUGUGCCGUGGAGGUUUUACUGCCUGAGCAGUUCAACUGGCUGGACGUGCCUGAUGAUUUGUCGCCUCUGAAGCUUGGAGAGAUUCUGAGAGCUUCUACGGCUCACGACGAGUCUGACACGUGUGAGGACUUGGACUACUGCCAUAUUGACGACGACCAUAACUGUGUUUUUGUGGAUUUGAAGGAGAACCCAGAGAGGUUUACUGGGUAUGGCGGAGCGCAGUCGUUUGACGUGUGGAAAGCUAUUUACUCUGAGAACUGUUUCCCAAAUACGAACCCGAUGUCGAUGACUCCAGAGGCUGAACCUGAGCUGUGUGUGGAGAAGAACUUGUUCUAUAGGUUGAUUUCGGGUAUGCACGCGUCUAUUGCUGUGCACUUGUCGAACGAGUAUUUGGAUCCUGAAACCGAGGAGUUCCAUCCUAACUUGAAGGUUUUUAUGGAGAGAGUGGGUAAAUUUAAUGACCGUCUUUCGAAUAUCUACUUUAACUAUGCGUUGGUGUCGCAGGCUAUUGUUAAGUUGUCUGAUAUGGUUUCACUUCCUUCGUACAUUAAAGAAAACCACGAAUCGUUGAGCGGCGACGAGAACCAGUUGAGAUCCAAUGAAGACGUUGAUCCUGCUGCUUACGCCGAUUUGCUCUCGAACAUCAACGAGACUUUGAGCUCCGAGGUGCUUUUCGAGACCCAUUCGCUUUUUGACCCCGCCAAGAGCUCUCCAGAGCUCAAGAACGAGUUUAGAUCCCGUUUUAAAAACGUCAGUGCCAUCAUGGACUGCGUUGGCUGCGACAGGUGUAGAAUGUGGGGCAAGCUUCAGACUAUCGGUUACGGUACCGCUCUCAAGGUGCUUUUCGAUUCUGAGGACCCCAACACCCAGCAUUUGUUGAAGUUCCGCCGCAUCGAGUUGGUGGCGCUUUUCAACACCUUUGAUCGUCUUUCCAAGUCGGUUGAAGCUAUCAACAACUUCAAGUCCAUGUACCUCCAGCACUUGGAAGAUGUGGCCGCAGGUAAGGUGAAGCACGGCGACUACGAGCCUUUGCACGACAAGGGUAUCGAGUUCCCGUUCGUGGCGUUCCAGCCUGUGACGAAAAAGAAAGAAGCAGCUUCAGUGUUUGCCCAAGACAACCUUGACGGUGGAAAACUCGUAAAUGUCAAAGGUCGUACUCAGGGCUUCUGGGAAGAGUUGGACGACGUCAAAGCUGCGCUUUGGUUUAUCUGGGACGUCUACGUGAAAUUCCCAAAGACCGUUUGGGAAUACUGUUUGUACUAUGCCAACGGUUGGUGGAACGUUUACGUGGGCCGUGCCGUGUAUGUCCCACCACAAGGAAAGACAAAUAUCAAGGAUGAAUUUUAA